AUGCACACGGAUGUGGUGCUGCUCAACCUGCUGGUCUGGAUGGUCGGUGUGUCCGGGCAGACGCGCGCCAAAGGACAAAUGCUGCCAUACCGACUCGUCAGGUCGAAAAGAGAAAUACCUCUAACAGAAGCUUCCGGUCGCAAGAUUGGCAGCCCCAUGAUUAAAAGAAGUCCAGAUAUAACUAAAGCCUGGAAUACAAAGUCAGAGCAGCUACUGAGGAUAGACGACCAUGACUUUACAAUGCGACCAGGAUUUGGAGGGCCUGCAGUCCCUGUCGGAGUGGAUGUUCAGGUUGAAAGUUUGGAUGCUAUUUCAGAGGUCGAUAUGGAUUUUACUAUGACCCUGUAUCUGAGGCACUAUUGGAAAGAUGAACGUCUGUCCUUCAAAAGCAACAACAACCUAAGCAUGACCUUCGAUGGCCGCCUGGUGAAGAAAAUCUGGGUACCUGACAUGUUUUUUGUCCACUCUAAGAGGUCCUUCACCCAUGACACCACCACUGAAAACGUCAUGCUGCGAGUUUACCCAGAUGGCAAAGUCCUCUACAGCCUCCGGGUGACAGUCACAGCCAUGUGCAGCAUGGACCUGAGUCGCUUCCCUCUCGAUACACAGACUUGCUCUUUGGAGAUAGAGAGCUAUGCUUAUACAGAUGAUGACCUGAUGCUGUACUGGAAGGAAGGGAACAGGUCGUUAAACACAGAUGAAAGAAUUUCUCUCUCACAGUUCCUCAUCCAGGAAUUCCACACCACCACCAAGCUGGCCUUCUACAGCAGCACAGGCUGGUACAACCGUCUGUACAUCAACUUCACUCUGCGGCGGCACGUCUUCUUUUUCCUGCUGCAGACCUACUUCCCAGCCACUCUGAUGGUCAUGCUGUCCUGGGUGUCGUUCUGGAUUGACCGCAGGGCCGUCCCUGCUAGAGUGCCACUAGGUAUAACUACGGUGCUCACCAUGUCCACCAUCAUCACGGGAGUCAAUGCCUCCAUGCCCAGGGUCUCCUACAUCAAAGCUGUGGACAUUUACCUGUGGGUCAGUUUUGUCUUUGUGUUCCUGUCCGUGUUAGAGUACGCUGCAGUCAACUACCUGUCUACUCUACAAGAACGCAAGGAAAGGGCACUCCGGGAGAGGCUGCCGUGUACCUGUGGUAUGGCCCAUCCUGGCAUGAUGUCAGCCAGCUACAGUGAGGUGGAUGCCAACACAACAGGGAACUACGGCAUGCCAGAAGAGAAUGGGGUAAAGAGGGAGAGGAUGCUGGUGCAGCUGGCGAUGGAGACCGACCAGGUCACUGGCCAUGUUGGCUCUGGCGCCUACAACAACGUCUGGAUCGACACGCAUGCCAUAGACAAAUACUCCCGGGUCAUCUUUCCUGGAUCUUACAUCCUCUUCAACAUCAUCUACUGGUCUAUCUACUCCUAACACAGAUGGGACUCAAACCAGAGCUGUGAACACUUCUGGCAGAAGUGUGAAAUAUCUGCCUCCCUGCUUGUCAAAGUGAGUAACUGAUGCACUUGAGUGGAGACUUGGGCACUCAGCUUGCAGAGUCAGGCUUUUGUGUCUUCAAAUUUGAAAGAUGGAAGAUGGAACAGUCCAAUCCAAAGAAAGACCAGUGUACAGUAGAGGUCUUCAGGCAGACCUGAACCCCCAAGCACAUUCAACUUCCCCUCUGUCCUCAGGUCUCUACAAACUUUUGACAGGACAGAACCUCAGGGACCUGGAACAGUCUUACAGGACCACAUACAGCUGAAACUGUCUGCCAAAUAAAGCACAAUAUUAUCCAGUGUGGCUUCAUCUUGAUACAUAUUGUUUACCAUGAUGUGUACUUUUGGGGCGUCAAAUGUUUUGUCACAGUGCCACUUUGUCUGAAAAGUUUGAAUUUAAGAGGUUGUUACCAGUUAUUGGUUAGAGGUUUCUCAACUGGUUCAGAGCUCAAUAAAUUCUUCAAUCAAGGGCUUGAGACAAAUAGAAGGCAAUGCGUCAGUAAAUUCUGAGGGGGAACUUUUUUGGUAUUGGUUUAUGUGCAGUUUUCUUAUAUAUGACAGGACAGGUUCACUUUCGCAGGGCCCUGUUAUAAUCAACAAGCGCACUGGCAAGCGCAAAGCAGUAGGUCUAAUGUGCAAGGACUGUGUGAGCAUUUCCAAGAUACAUGACAACAGCAGCUCAACAAAUGGAGAGAUGCUUUUUCAGGAAAUCAUAUUGUUGCCUGUAUGGCAGAGAUGUUCUGAUACCAUUAUUUUCUUCUGAAUACUGAUUACUAUACCUGAACCUAUACCUGAACUUGUGUAUGGGACGAUACCAAAUACCAUUUCGAUAACGGUGAGUUAAAAAAGAAUAAAAAAUAAAAAUAACUGCUGUAUACCGCUAACCCUGUAUGGGUGUAAAUAAUUGCUAUUAUUGUUGAAUGGCAUGGCCUUUGUAAAACAUGAACAAAUACAAACAUAGAAUGAAUGCCAUAGACCUUUCUUUUAUUAUUGAAUUUGACAUUUUGCUUCUGGCUAACAAACUAUUUACUGUAAAUCAAUUUGUCGUCACUCAAAAACAGUACUUGCCAUUAGCAGCACAGCGCAACUUGUGUAGGCUACUGUUUCAAAGCGGCGAAGAACAACUGAUUUUUGGGAAAACUGUCACUUUAUUUCACUUAAAUUUUAAUAAAUUACGUAGUAUUGAAUCGGUGCAUUGCAAUCCUAGCAUUUUAAGCAGUAUUAGAGGCAUGUCCAAUGCCGGUAUCAAUGUGGGAACAACUUUACUGGAUGGUGCAAUGCAUCAAGAUGUGAAACAGCUCCAACGUGUGCUUUCCCAUCAUUUCAUUAGUACAACAGCCAAACAAGAAAACUGGAUCUGAGCAAUGAAUCUGAAUUGAGCACUAAAGCUUGUUGUGUGACUGUAGUCAGUGACUUACCUGUCAGUCCAAGUGAGUUCAUGUUUGCGGACCAAAACUAAGAGGCAACAAUGUAUCAUUGAUAUUCUUUGGUCUGGGCCAACUGAACAGAACUACAGUGUGUAAGAGAUUGCAGGCUUUUGAACUAGAGAGGACCUCUA